UGUACCCGACACACCGAAGGGAAGUCCGGGGGCCUCUUCCACCGAGUCCGAGUGACCCCGCCCCUUGCAUUCUGGAAGAGGCCACCAUGGGACGCCCCCCACCCUGUGCAAUCCAGCCGUGGAUCCUUCUGCUUCUGUUCAUGGGAGCGUGGGCAGGGCUCACCAGAGCUCAGGGCUCCAAGAUCCUGGAAGGUCGAGAGUGUAUACCCCACUCCCAGCCUUGGCAGGCAGCCUUGUUCCAGGGCGAAAGACUGAUCUGUGGGGGUGUCCUGGUUGGAGACAGAUGGGUCCUCACGGCAGCCCACUGCAAAAAACAGAAGUAUUCAGUGCGUCUGGGUGAUCAUAGCCUCCAGAGCAGAGAUCAGCCGGAGCAGGAGAUCCAGGUGGCUCAGUCUAUCCAGCAUCCUUGCUACAACAACAGCAACCCAGAAGAUCACAGUCACGACAUAAUGCUCAUUCGACUGCGGAACUCAGCAAACCUCGGGGACAAGGUGAAGCCGGUCCAACUGGCCAAUCUGUGUCCCAAAGUUGGCCAGAAGUGCAUCAUAUCAGGCUGGGGCACUGUCACCAGCCCUCAAGAGAACUUUCCAAACACCCUCAACUGUGCGGAAGUGAAAAUCUAUUCCCAGAACAAGUGUGAGAGAGCCUAUCCAGGGAAGAUCACCGAGGGCAUGGUCUGUGCUGGCAGCAGCAACGGAGCUGACACGUGCCAGGGUGACUCAGGAGGCCCUCUGGUGUGCGACGGGAUGCUCCAGGGCAUCACCUCAUGGGGCUCAGACCCCUGUGGGAAACCCGAGAAACCUGGAGUCUACACCAAAAUCUGCCGCUACACUACCUGGAUCAAGAAGACCAUGGACAACAGGGACUGAUCCUGGUGUGUGUGAGGGGGGUGUCAAUAAACACCACUGUUGGCUGGC